AUGUCUCGACGAUCGUCCCGGGCCGCUCCCGCGGCGCAAGCGCCAGAAGCGGCGCCAAAGCGACGCGCUUCAACCAGGCUGUCCGCUUCGGAGGCGGAGGUUAAGAGGGUCAGGUCCAACAUCGACUUACCUGGCAGUCAGGUUAAAACCACAACCAAGAAGAGCAAGUACUUUGAACCCGAGGGCUCCGCUGAGUCCGAGGAACCUGCCAGCGACACCGAUGAGGACGAGGACGAGGACGAGGACGAGGACCACUCCGCGUAUGAGGAGAAUGAUGUUGACCCAGAAUCGGACGACCACGAGCCCUCCGACCAGGACGACGAACCCGACAGCGAGGAGGAGACGAAGGGCGCGCGGGCUAAAGGCGGCAAGGCAGGGAAAGGCAGGGUAUCUGAUGCUGCAUCCUUGAAGGGCAAGGAACUCUGGCGCGAGGGUGUUCGCACAGGCUUGGCUCCAGGACAAGAGGUCAUCGUUCCCAAACCUAAGGCCCGCGACCCCGGUGAUGUGCCGUACGAGGAUGAGACGUUGCACCCCAACACCCGGCUGUUCCUACUGGACCUGGCCAAGAACAACGAGAGGGAAUGGCUCAAAGGGCAUGACCCAGAUUACCGCGCGUCGAAGAAGGAUUUCGAAACAUUUGUCGAAGCCUUAACGGGCAAGCUCGCCGAACAUGACAGUACUGUCCCCGAGUUGCCCGCGAAGGACCUGGUUUUUCGGAUUCACCGCGACGUCCGCUUUAGCAAGAAUCCUCUUCCAUACAAGAUUCAUUUCUCAGCUGCGUGGUCCCGGACUGGCAAAAAGGGCCCGUAUGCCGCGUAUUAUGUGCACUUCCAACCUGGUUCAUGUUUUGUUGGUUGCGGGCUCUGGCAACCCGAGGCCGAACCGCUCAGGUUGCUUCGAGAGGACAUCGAUGCGUACGCGGAUCAAUGGAAGGAGCUUCUCCGGGCGCCAGAGAUGCGCCGGGAGUUCCUCGGCGGAGCGGCAGACGAUGAUGAAGCCGUGGUGAAGGCGUUUGCCCAUCAUAACCGAGAGUCUGCCCUGAAAACCAAGCCUAAGGGCUACGACGCCGACCAUCCAAACAUUCAAUUGCUUCGUCUACGCAGUUUCACCCUGGGUCGUCCUAUCUCUGACGCAGAUAUGAUGGCUGCGGAUGCACAACAUCGGAUCGCCGCCCUAGUUGCGGUGAUGGAGCCCUUCGUGACGUAUCUCAACAGCGUCGUGAUGCCCGAUUCGUAA